AUGAACUCGGAAAAUGAUGGCCGCCGACGAAUCACUCUCAAGCGUAAGAUCGAAUCGUUGGAGCAGGAUCGCAAUUUGCUGAUGCGUCUUGUGGACACCAUCCGCGAUGAUAACAAGAAAAAGGUGCCGAACGUGCUGAACUUGAUUCGAAGCAAUGUGCCAUUAGACGAAAUCAGGUUUUAUCUAGAGGAAAGUCUAGAAUCAAACGACGACGAGGCGCCGCCAAAGGGUCCAAGGUCCGAUUCUGCCUCUGCCAGUUCCUCUCGCAGGUAUAUGGAUGUCCAAAGGCUAUCCGAUAUCCCUCUUUACAAGGUACCCGCGCAGCCAUGGACGUCUGUGACGGACGACGAUGCCUUUGUUUCACACCUAAUUUCACUCCAUUUUAGCUGCAACGCAAGCGGCUUAAAUUGGAUUGAACGUGGCUUGUUUUUGCGCGAUAUGAGAUCCGGAAACCUGGAUUCCAGGUUCUGCUCACCGUUGCUUGUCAAUAGUGUCCUGGCUAUGGCGUGCUUCUACUCCGAUUACCCCGAAGCCUUGGCCAUACCAGGUGACCCUAGCACUCGGGCAGAACAUUUUUUGGAGGAGGCAAUGCGGUUGCUGAAGAAAGAAGAAGGGUGCUUGUCAGUCACAACGCUCCAAGCAUGGGGCAACAUCUACACCUGUCUUGCUGGCAUGGGAAAGGACAGGCUCGGCUGGCAGCAGACGGCGGAGAUGGCGGACUAUGCCCGCGAAAUCGAGAAAAAGAGACAAAGUUUGACAGCAGAAGCCGGUGAAGAUGCCCCACAGAUGGCAAGAGUUAUUUCUUAUGCGAUGUUUGGAUUGUUUAAUAUGUGCACACUUGCUAUCAUGUCUCUGCAAAAGCCCGCUGUCAUCAAACGGCCUACACAACUUGAGCGGCUUUCUCGGGAUCAUGAUCUCAAUGACACUUGGAUAGCUUAUCCCCGCCAGAGCGAGCCUGUACCGGCACACACCAACUGUGUGAUCGAUAGCACUUUCGAAAUGAUGCUUAUCGGUUGGGAAAUAUGUGAUUAUCUCUUCGGAGAUGGGAAGCCUUUAACCUUUGAUCUUGAAAAGGUCGAUGCCUUUCACCAUAGACUACAAAAAUGGGCUGAAAGUCUUCCUGAAUGUAUCGGUCUAGGAUGCACCGGUCUAGGAUGCACCCCUCCACCGGGAAUCAUAGAUAUGCAUAUGCAAUAUUACACAGUGGUCUUGAUCAUGUUCGGGUUUAUUGAGCCCAUUGUGAAUGAAAGUGAUCCAGCCACCAAGAGCCGCAUCAGGGACGUGCGAAUGUCUUCAGCCCGAAAUAUCGGCACUUUAGCCAAUCGAUUUCGGUCACUCUGGCAUGUGGAGUGUCUACCAGGGACUGUAAUGCAGUAUGCCACUAUUGCCAUGUUCACACUCCUUGAAAACCUAGACGAUGCCCAAAGUAAGCAGGCAUUUGUCGAAUCUUUCAUCGUUCUCCGUGCACUAGCGCGUCGAUGGCAACUUGCGAAGGGAAUCCUUCGGCUUGUCCAGCUGACAGCCAUGAAAACGGAGGACUCUCUUCCGGAGGAAGCGCGAAUUCUUUUCAGAGACUUUGAGGCCGAACUUUGGAAGGAAGAGGAUUCUGGGCGAUUCAAGAGCCUCUACCCAAACUUUACGAUUGCCGUCAAUCAAGAUCAAGGCCCAGGAAGGCAUACCGAUGACGCUGAAUUAGAUCGAAUCCUGAAAUCAUGGGAUAGUCUAAACUUAUCAGAGCAGUCAACGGAGCAGUCAACGGAGCAGUCAACGGAGCAGUCAACGGAGCAGUCAACGGAGCAGUCAACGGAGCAGUCAACGGAGCAGUCAACGGAGCAGUCAACGGAGCAGUCAACGGAGCAGUCAACGGAGCAAUCAACAGAACAGCCCACGGAGCAGUCAACAGUGCAGUCAACGGAAUGGUCAACGGAAUGGUCAACGGAACGGUCAACGGAACGGUCAACGGAGCGGUCAACGGAGCGGUCAACGGAGCGGUCAACGGCACAGUCAACAGCGGCGACGACAGAGGCAGAAGAUGCGAGCAAUGAGAGCAGUGGCAGCGGUGGCGGAAAGAAUUGGAAGUUGCGGACGGCAUAUUAA